AUGAUUAAAUCAAAACUUAUAAUACUAUUAGUAAUAAGUACUGUUAAGUUUAUAUAUGCAAAUUUAGAAGAGAAUGAUGCUUAUCCAGAACUGGUCAAUGACAUAAACACAGAAGAAGACAAUAAAAUAGACAAAGAAUUAAGAAAUUUAGGACUAGUUGAUGAUAGUAAUCCAAUGGAUUCUGAUUAUUUAGCAGAGCACAGUAAAAAUGUACUUAAAGAGAAUGAGAAGGACUUAAAGCAGACUAACGAAUAA